AUGGCAAAAGAACUUCUAUUAGUUCAUCUCAUUGGUAUUGGAUUCCUUUUUUUAUAUUUAGGAUUUGAUUUAAAAGCUAUGAUUGAAGAAAAUAUGUUACAUAGUGUUUCACAUAUUGAUCCUAGUAGAAUGAAUCCAUAUGCAGGAUAUUAUGGAUUAUCAUUAAAUUAUGCAACUGGUGCAUUUUUAGCACUAAUAACAUCAUUUAUUGUUGAUAUUAUUGGAGCUAAAUGGAGUAUGGUAUUAUCUGGAUUCAUUUUUACUAUUCAUAUGGCUUUUUUUAUGUUUCUUAAUAGUUAUGUAUAUUAUAUUGUCUCAGCUAUAAUGGGUCUUGGAAAUUCACUUUCAUGGACUGGUCAAGGUGUUUAUCUUCGUGAAAUAACAACAAAAAAUAAUUACUUGAGAAAUAGUGCAAUAUGUUGGGCAGUUAAUUUAAUAUCUCUUCCUGUAGGUGGAUUAUUAUUAUUAUUAUUAGAAUAUUUUAUUGGUGAUGAAUUAAUGGAUUAUAUGCCAAUUUCAACAAUAAGAAUCAUUAUGUGUAUUUUUUUGGGAGCUUCUUUUAUCAGUUUUAUGUUAUUUUGUUCUCUUCCAAAUAAUAGUGGUCCUUUAAAAAGUUUUAAUAAAAAGAAUUUAAUUGAUGCAUUAAAAAAAAAUGUAACAAUGAUAAAAGAUAGAAAAAUACAAUUACUUAUACCAUGCUUUUUUUUUAUUGGUUAUGAAACAGGAUACUGGGUUGCAAUAUAUCCAACAUGUUUAAUAUUUUUAAAAACAUUAAAUUUAGGAAGUGCAAUAAAAGUAACAGCAUUUUAUACAAUAGCAUGUGGAUUGGGGCAAAUUCUAAUGAGUUUAAUUAUUUCAUUGAUAUCAAAUAAAUUUGUAAAAAAUGGUUAUAAAUAUUCAAUUAUAUUAGCAGGAAUAAUACAUUUUAUAGCAUUUACACUUGUUUUCUUUUGUAUACCACCAGAAUCAAAAUAUAUGUUAACAACAAAAGAAAAUUAUUUACCUGCAAAUACGUUUACAGUAAUAUUAAUAUCAUUUUUAUUUGGUGCAGGUGAUAGUGCAUGGAAUUCAAUAAGAACUGGCAUUUGUACAUCACAAUUUAAAAAUGAAACAAGUCAAGCUAUAUCAUUAUCAAGACUUUUUCAAUCAUUAGGAUGUAGUUUGUCAUUUUUAUUAGGACCAUUAUUAAAUUUAUAUAUAGAAAUGGCAGGUCUUAUAAUAUUAUUAAUUGUAACAUUUAUAUCAUUUUUAUAUUUAAAUCAUAAUUAUUUAGUACAUACAUUAGUAUCAGAAGAUGAAAAAAAAAAUAAUAAAAAAAAAGAAAUAAUUUAUAAGAUUGAGUCUGAUAUUACAUUUAAAAAUAUAGUUUUAUAG